AUGUCGACCGGGACAGAUCCCUGUCUGACGGACCAGCAACCUACCACACCACUACCACAACAGUCGGCUCCGGAUGUGACAGAAGCAUUACAGGCUGAAGGCUCGCCGCAGAUAAGUACAGAUGCAGCUGAGCCCUCCCUUGCUUCCAGCAGCACUAGUGAUGCUUCUCCGAUGACGCUGGAGAAGGCUCCUAGCCCCAUCGUGCCUGGAGCAUUCGGUGCCCUGAACAAUUCGACAUCCACUUCGGCAAACACACCAACGGAUACAGUGCAAGCUUCCACGCCGGAAAAGCCUUUGCCCAAGGUGUCCGAACCCGCCGCCACAAGUACAUCUCUUGACACUACAGCAGCGACAUCAUGGCAGCAGCAACAGCAGCUCGGAACUCCUGGACCUGAAUCGCCCAAUUCAGAGCUGUCUUCUUCCAUGAUCACCACUGUCAGCCCAGUACGUCGAUCUGUCUACAAGCGCAAGAUGAGCUUGAAACCCAAAGGCAUCUUGAAACCAGCUCCACCUCCACAGAAGGGCUUCUCUUUCCGUAGAGACAUUCUCCAGAACAUCAACACACGCCUUGCUCAGCAGGGUGUCAACAUGCAAGUGCCUGUACCACAAGGUAGCACAGCUCAGGCUACAGCUUCAUACAUUGGUGGCAUGUUCCGCAAGAUCGGUGGUAUCGCCGCCGGUGCUGCUGCCAACGUCAGUGGCUCGAGCGCGACUACGGUUGGUGGCUUGCUGUCGAAUGACUCGCCAACGAAGCAGAACGGAUCUGGCUUCUAUCCUGGCGCUGGUGAUGGUCUUUCGCUGGGCAGGAAUAGCAGUAGUAGCGCAUUCAGCUCUUUGACCGGUACGACUGCAGUCUCGUCUCAGUCUGAGGCGGAGAAUGGGUCAGCUACGUCUUUGGUCAAGAGCACCGUUGCUGCCUCAACCACUUCAGCCGCACCGCUCAAAAAGGUACAGUUCCAGGUAUCACAUAUGGCCGUCACAUACCCUAUCGCAGGAGCAGGAACACCCGAGGACGAGGAUCUCACCCGUCUGCGAAUCGAACGAGAACAUCGUCGCAUGCUCAAAGCACGUCGCGACAAGCCAUGGACACCUGAAGAGCUCGAAGCACUCUAUCGCGAAUGCUGUCGAACUCGCGAAGAGCAUCCCCUCAAGAAGAUGCGUCUCGUGUUCCAAGAGGCAGCACAGUCAACUCCACCAGCAUUCAAGACUAUGGAUCUCUCAUUCGUGCCGUUGGACCGUCACGCUGUCGAGCCGAUUGCCGAUCUGCUCAGUGUCGACUUUGGAUUGAACAAGCUCGUUCUCGAGAACUGCGCACUGACUGAUGACACUGUCAAGUCGAUACUACAUGCGCUCCUGGUUUCGGGCACGUUGCCGAAUCUCAGUCUUGCUAGCAAUCGCAAGAUACGUUUCCGGGGUUGGAAGUAUGUGGCGAUUUUCAUGCGGCGGGCGAGAGCGCUGCGCUACUUGGAUCUGUCGGAGAAUUCGAUCGAUAGGAGUUCGUUGGAGCACUUGCUGGCUGUCAUUACUAAGUCGGCUUUUGCUGUCACACAUCAUCGAGCACCACAACGACAAGCCAAACAGGUAGCAGGCACGAAUGGAACCCAAACGUCGACCACAGAAGGGCCGAACGACAAGACAGACGUCGACAAGGACGACGAAGAUGGUGACAAUAGCGAUGACGAGUUCUUUGAUGAUUCGGGGGAACCGUUGAUGCCGACUGCGCCGUUGCUACGGGAUGUAUCCGAUGAUCCAGAUCCGCCUUCAUCAGCCAUUAUAUCGUUGCGGCUCGAGAACUGCGGUCUCAAAGCAGCCUCCCUCGAGAUGCUUUCGCAAGCAGUACGGUUUUCUGAUAUCCGUCAUCUAUCGCUGCGUCGGAACAAGAUCGGACAGCUAGCAUCGGUGGCCCUCGCUAUCAUGCUGAAAGAUUAUCCGGACAGUGUAGCGCUGUUUCCAGAUGCAGGUGGUGUUCCAACGGAACGCGAUAGUAAGUCUUACUUUGCCUCGAACGCAGCCUCCAGUGCAGAUGACCGCAGUGGUCGCACAUUGCGCCCCACAGAUGCGCAGUCGACGCCGGACCGCCGCCCACGCAGCUAUUCUCCCGGAUUACCCGAAGUUCCCGUCAUCGUCUCUAGUCCUGGUGGCGGUAUCACUUCCCGCAGAAUGCCUGGACAACAUGCGAAUGGUGCAAGCGAAUCCCGACCUACAACAUUCUACGGUGCUCACACCGAACAGCUUCAAGACGCAAUGCAGACCAGCAUCGCCGGUCCCGCGGGCCAACUCGAACCCCGCCUCACCGCCCAAGAACGGCUCGACAUCCAACGCACGGCCCCGAGAGGACAGAGCGAAGAAAAAGCAAUUGCCAUCUACCAAGCUAAACGAGCACGUCGUAUUCUCGCCGAUCUACCGCGCGUAGGUAAUCUCCUGACCCUCGAUCUCAAGUCAAACGAUAUCCGCGGUGGAGUUGUAUACCUCGCUCAAGUCCUCAAAAAGAACCGUACGCUACGAGUACUGAAUCUGAGCGAUAACAAUAUCGAAAUGCCAGGACUCGUUGCUGUAGCUGAAGCUCUACAGUACAAUUCUACGCUGGAGACUCUUGAUAUGAGUCACAAUCCUUGCUCUGGGCCGGGAUUGGAAGGAAUCACGACGCUAAGGACGGCCUUUGCGCUCAAUUCGAACCUGAAAAGGCUCUUCCUCAACGAUACGGACUUAUCUUCCGAGGCGGCGAUAGCGUUGGCCGAGUUCUUGCCAGAGGCGAGGAGUUUGAUUCAUCUCGAUUUGGCGGAGAACUUUGAUAUCGACAUUGCCGGUGUCAUGGCGUUGGCGGUAUCGCUGAGGAUGAAUAGGAGUUUGAGGUGUUUGGAUCUCAACAUUCCCCCCAAUAAUCCUGACUUCGCGAGAUUGUCACAGGAGAUCUUACAAAGUUGUGUAAGGAAUACCGAGCUCGCACAGCAAAGAGCGAAGCAAAAGGGGAUUAAACAACCAAUCGCAGCACCGAUCUAUAAAUCGGUCGUUGCAAGAGCAGCUAGGGAAAACGAUGAGAGAUUGAAGGCAAUACAGACCGCUCGGGCUACAGCUGUGUCUGCGGCGGCGGCCAAGGAUAGAGCUGCAGUGGAAGGGUUGCUUACUGCUGCGACAGAGUGUCGUAACGUUCUACGGGAUCUGUUAGCGGGAGAGGAAAAGAGACAGCGUGAAGCGCCAGAGCAGAAAACGGUUACGCCUCCGGGAGAGUUUGUCGAAGAUCUUACACUGCAGAGUGCCAAGCUGCGGAAAAAGCUUGCGGAUCUAGCAGGGACGGUGGAAGAGGAGGGACUGUUAGAGAGGAUCUUGUCGGUGCAUGAUGAACUGGGCGAUGUGUCGACGAGAUUGGAGAGGUUUUACAAGUAUGGUGCUACGCCUAGUAUCGAUGUUCGUGCUGCGGUGGAGGGUGCGGAGGGAGUAAAGGGGGUGAAGGCAAGUGGUGUACCGUCCAUGUUGCAUCUCUCGACGCCGGAUCAGGAGGGGUUGGAUUCGGGACUUUCGUCGCCUGCGUUCUCGAUUGCUAAUUCGGACGAGUCGGAUUCGGACGAAGAUGAAGAGGCGAAGAAGAAGCGUAAGGCUGCCAAGGCUAAGAGUGCAUCCGCAUCCAAGUCUGCAGCAGCACAAGGAGCGGAAGGUGGAGAAGAGGAGGGAGGAAAUGUGCUAUCGAACAUGAUGGGCGGGUUGAGGAUCAACACUACCAAUCUCGAAGCUGAUCGAGAGGUCCCCACGGGUAGCGACAAGCUUCCGCCACGAUCACCAACCGAGAACCUAGCCAAAGGACAGUUGAGUGAGGAAGGAGAGCUGUUCCGCAAAGCCAGGAGUCUAGGCUUGGAUGGACAGAGCGAUGAAGAGGAAAAGGAAGAAGAGCAGGCGGAAGGGAAGGAGGUUGGUGCGGCAGUGGAAUCAAGCUCAGUCUCUGGAAUGGUCAGCAACGAAUUAACAACCGCAGGAGAGGACGUAAAAGCCUCGGUCCACGACGCAGAGGUAAGCGGCGAGCAGUUGAGACAAGACUUGCUCAAGGUAUCGGUUCCGCCUAAGAGCAGCAGCAGUCUUUCUCCCGUUAUACCUACAAAUGAUGCUUAG